AUGGUACCGCCCCCUCCACUUCCGCUAGAAAUCCGGAAGUCCCUCCCCAACACCGGAAGUCCCCCGGCCUUGCUUCCUCAGAGUCUUCCCCGACCGGGGCGCGAAGGAGAGGGCUUAUUUCCGGCCCCAGGUGGGCGCUGGCUCGGCUCUAGGUGCGCUCCGGAGCGGUGUCCCGGGAGCACCGUCCUCCCGGACGCUGGCGCCGGACGCUCGGACCGCGGCCGCCCCGGGAGAGCGCCUGUCUGGGCGCGAGGCCCGUGCGGGGCCAUGAACGGGACCGCGAACCCGCUGCUGGACCGCGAGGAACACUGCCUGCGGCUGGGAGAGAGCUUCGAGAAGCGGCCGCGGGCCUCCUUCCACACCAUUCGCUAUGAUUUUAAGCCAGCAUCUAUAGACACUUCCUGUGAAGGAGAGCUUCAGGUUGGCAAAGGAGAUGAAGUCACAAUUACACUGCCACAUAUCCCUGGAUCCACACCACCGAUGACUGUGUUCAAGGGGAACAAACGGCCUUAUCAGAAAGACUGUGUACUUAUUAUCAAUCAUGACACUGGUGAAUAUGUGCUGGAAAAACUCAGUAGCAGCAUUCAGGUCAAGAAAACAAGAGCUGAAGGGAGCAGUAAAAUCCAGGCCCGAAUGGAACAGCAGCCCUCUCGUCCCCCACAGCCAUCACAGCCACCACCGCCGCCACCACCACCACCACCACCACCACCACCUCCACCACCUCCUCCUCCACCGCCUAUGCCAUUCAGAGCUCCAACGAAGCCCCCUGUUGGACUCAAAACUUCUCCUUUGAAAGAUAACCCCUCACCUGAACCUCAGCUGGAUGACAUCAAAAGAGAGCUGAGGGCCGAAGUUGACAUCAUUGAACAGAUGAGCAGCAGCAGUGGGAGCAGCUCCUCAGACUCGGAGAGCUCCUCGGGAAGUGACGACGACAGCUCCAGCAGUGGAGGCGAGGACAACGGCCCUUCCUCUCCUCCACAGCCUUCCCACCAGCAGCCCUACAACAGCAGGCCUGCCAUACCCAAUGGAACCAGCCGGCCACAAGGAAGCAACCAGCUCAUCAACACCCUCAGAAAUGACUUGCAGUUGAGUGAGUCUGGCAGUGACAGUGAUGACUAGUGCUGGAUCUUUCGAAAUCUACUUUUUGGUGCACAAACAUGCUGCAAGACCAGACUACUUUAACAUUGAGUCCCUUGCCAAGAGGAUCAAU